AAAUCCCAGUUGCAUAAUUAAUCCGAGGUCACGAAGAAUUGUUGAUUUGACAAAAUGGAGUAUCUUGGCUUCGGAAAAGACGCACUGUAUGUCUUUGAUCUAGUGGCCGGGGCUCUGGGUUAUAAGAAGAAUGGACAGAGCAGUGGUGCAGAUUUAGUGAACAAGGAGGUCACAGAGGCACUAAGAGCGCUCCAAAAAUCAACGGUGUUCCUGAGAAUAGGCGGACUGUCCGGUGCCCUGGCAGUUUCAAUGGCUGCAUAUGGAGCACAUGCUCCAGCAUUGCAAGAAAACUUACAACGUCGACAGAUUUACGAGAAAGGAUACAAAAUGCAGUUGGCGCAUUCUGUUGCACUUGCUUAUUCAGACAAUUGUAAUAAACCAUUUUUGACUGGGUGCUUCUUUGCGAUGGGAAUUCUGGUGUAUUCUGGCAGCUGUUAUGCCCAUGCUUUAUCGGGUAACGAGAUGUUUCGAAAAAUCACUUACGCUGGAGAAGCUGCUCUCACGGUUGCUUGGUUAAGCAUGUUGAUUCUUUGAGAAAAAUUAAAACCUUAAGUUGCAGUCAAAGAAACAAAAACAUAAUAAACAAAUUUAUAUGUGAAAGACAAAAUUGUCAUUUGUUUAAAAAAAUUAAUAUUGAAUUGUUAUUGAUA